CUUGAUCACCUACUCCACACACGUUUUAAAAACACUCAAAUAUAUAAUUUAGUAAACAAAAUAAACUCCAGAACUCCACUAUCUCACUUACGUUAUUAUUAUUAUAUCAGUGGUUUCAAGGACUCUUCUUUCUCAUCUGCCUCUUCUUUGCUUUUCAGCAACAAUGGAUGCAAUCGUCGUUGACUCUCAAAACUGCUUCAUCAUCAUUCUUCUAUGUUCCUUCUCACUCAUCUCCUACUUUGUCUUCUUCAAAAAACCAAAGGUUAACUUUGAUUUGCUUCCGAGCCCUCCUUCACUUCCAAUCAUUGGUCAUCUUCACCUCUUGCUCUCUACUCUUAUCCACAAGUCUCUUCAGAAACUCUCCUCCAAGUAUGGACCUCUUCUCCAUCUCCGCAUCUUUAACAUCCCCUUCAUCCUCGUCUCCUCGGACUCACUGGCCUAUGAGAUCUUCAGGGAUCACGACGUGAACGUCUCCUCUCGCGGUGUUGGAGCGAUCGACGAGUCCCUGGCGUUUGGAUCUUCUGGUUUCAUACAGGCUCCCUAUGGAGAUUACUGGAAAUUCAUGAAGAAGCUCAUCGCAACUAAGUUGCUGGGACCCCAACCACUGGUGCGGUCACAGGAUUUUCGUUCUGAAGAGCUAGAGAGGUUCUACAAAAGGCUGUUCGAUAAGGCCAUGAAGAAGGAAAGCGUUAUGAUUCAUAAGGAAGCGUCCAGAUUCGUUAACAAUAGCCUUUACAAGAUGUGCACGGGAAGGAGCUUUUCAGUGGAGAAUAAUGAAGUGGAGAGAAUAAUGGAACUUACUGCCGACUUAGGUGCCUUGUCACAGAAGUUUUUCGUGUCAAAGAUGUUUCGUAAGCUGCUUGAGAAGCUCGGUAUCUCACUUUUCAAAACGGAGAUAAUGGUUGUUUCACGUAGAUUUAGUGAGCUGGUUGAAAGGAUUCUUAUUGAAUAUGAAGAGAAAAUGGACGGGCAUCAAGGCACACAGUUUAUGGAUGCCUUGUUGGCAGCUUAUCGAGAUGAAAAUACAGAAUAUAAAAUCACUAGGAGCCAUAUCAAGUCGCUUCUCACGGAGUUUUUCAUUGGAGCCGCUGACGCCUCAUCAAUAGCAAUACAGUGGGCAAUGGCAGAUAUCAUAAACAACCGUGAGAUUCUUGAGAAAUUGAGAGAAGAAAUUGAUUCGGUUGUAGGAAAAACAAGAUUGGUUCAAGAAACAGAUUUACCAAACCUUCCUUAUUUGCAAGCUGUAGUUAAGGAAGGGCUAAGAUUGCACCCGCCUACACCUCUGGUUGUAAGGGAGUUCCAAGAAGGGUGUGAGAUUGGAGGGUUCUUUGUACCAAAGAACACAACACUUAUUGUUAAUUCUUAUGCUAUGAUGAGAGAUCCUGAUUCAUGGCAAGAUCCUGAUGAGUUUAAACCAGAGAGGUUUCUAGCUUCCUUAAGUAGAGAGGAGGAUAAAAAAGAGAAAAUCCUUAACUUCCUUCCUUUUGGGAGCGGAAGGAGAAUGUGUCCUGGAUCAAAUCUUGGUUAUAUAUUUGUAGGAACCGCGAUUGGGAUGAUGGUCCAGUGCUUUGACUGGGAAAUCAAUGGAGACAAGAUUAAUAUGGAAGAGGCUACUGGAGGGUUUCUCAUCACCAUGGCUCAUCCCCUUACAUGCACUCCUAUUCCUCUUCCCCGAACCCAAAACUCUUUAAUUUCCCAUCUUUAAAAUUCCUAUUGGAGAAUUAUUAAUAUGUGUGUUAAUCUCCAUAAUGUAUUGUAUUUGUUUUCUCGUGUGUCUUCUCUUUUCUCGUGUGUCAUAUACAUAUGCCUCUUUAGUCUCUAAAUAAAGAUCUAUGCUUCCACGGAAUUCUUAUUUGGUAUCAUGGUUGUGCGAGCAAUUAAACUGGAAAUCAAAAUAGAUUCGAGAAA